CCUUUGUGAAGGGAAAGCAGCAGACAGAUCAGCAGGGUGGUAGCACAAUUUUGAAAACAUGGUAACGUCUUACCCGCUUCCUGAAGGUUUCUCUGAGAUUGAAGUAUUUGGCAUUGGUACAGUUCUUCUGGUUGAAGCUCUGCUUGGGUUCAUUUUAAAUGGUCUGACAAUCCUUUCUUUCUACAAAAUCAGAGAGCUGAGGACCCCUAGCAACCUGCUUAUAAUAAGCCUGGCAGUGGCAGACACUGGACUUUGUAUUAAUGCCUUCGUAGCUGCCUUUUCCAGCUUCUUAAGGUAUUGGCCCUAUGGGUCAGAAGGUUGUCAAGUUCAUGGAUUCCAGGGUUUUGUUGCUGCUUUGUCAAGUAUCAGCUCCUGUGCUGCAAUAGCAUGGGAUCGUUAUCACCAUUACUGCACUCGUAGCAAGCUACAUUGGACCACAUCCAUAUCCGUGGUGUUGUUUUCCUGGGGCUUUGCUUCUUUCUGGUCUAUGAUGCCACUCUUUGGAUGGGGUGAAUAUGAUUAUGAACCAUUAAGAACAUGUUGCACACUAGACUACUCUAAAGCUGACAGAAACUUCAUUUCCUUCCUUUUGCCCCUGGCUUUCUUUGAGUAUCUAAUCCCUCUCUUUAUAAUCGUGACUGCCUACCAGUCCAUAUACCAGAAGUUAAAGAAAAGUGGCCAAGUCAAGAUGAACACUGGCCUGCCUGUAAAAUCACUGAUAAUCUGUUGGGGACCCUAUUCACUGCUAUGUUUUUAUGCUAUCAUUCAAGAUGCAACUGUCCUAUCCCCAAAAUUACGCAUGAUGCCUGCCCUAUUGGCGAAGAUGUCUCCUUCAGUGAAUGCUUAUGUUUAUGGUCUUGGAAAUGAGAAUUACAGAGGAGGUAUCUGGCAGUUUCUCACAGGACAAAAAAUUGAAAAGGCAGAAACUGACAACAAAUCAAAUUAAUUCACAAAGGAGAUCUCGCCCUGUUUCACACUGUAAUGGACAGUAAGAAGUGAUUUUUUUUUUUAAAGUGGACAAUGUUAACUUCUGUAGUGUGCAAUACUUCCAAGCAUCUUGUGAAAGUAAGCCAAAUUUGUUUAACACACUGCAAACAUCCUGUGUCAGUAAAAUACAGCAUGUACAAUAAA